CAUUUUCGCUCAUUUCAAAGCUUCGUCUUCGCCUACACAAAAUUAUCUUCUCUCUCUCUCCGUCACUUUCUCUCUCUAGACGGAGACCUAGAAAAACCCUCGCAGCCUCCAAUCGCUCACCAGAGCGUCUCGAUGUUUGGUCCAGUAUCUACAUACGCCGACUCUGUAUUAUACGACCAACCUGAUCCGACGAGACUCCCGACACAUUGUCAGUCAGUUCUAGAGCUGACAUCUCAACGUCAAUCUAGUCGAGGAGUAGCUAUAGGUCGAGAUAUAGUGGAGAAAGUACAAAAAGAUAGGAAGUUUUUUGUCUUAUUUGACGAGAUAGGUUUGUGGAAGGCGAUUGGCAAAAACACUAAAUAUUUUGACAGUGCUGUCGGCUUGCACAUAAGAGAUAUAUGUGACCCACACUACAACGCCUGGAAGGACAUGCCUGAGGAGCACAAAAGGAGGAUUCAAAAUCGUAUGUUGAAAAAAUCUGUUACAAAUCAACAAUACCGUGACAGUCAAAAGUGGUCUAGCUUCCAUGGUAGAAAGUCAUACUCACAGUAUCGUUUCGGUAAGGCUCAGAUGGAAGUGGAAAGAACAACGCAGAUGAUACAGUCUGAUGGAGAAUGUUCAUCCACGGCGGUCAAUGAGGAGAGGAUUAUGUCCCAAGUCUUGGGUAAGCGCAGAGGACACACUAAGAGAGUGGGACCGACAUUGUCACAGAGGAAUUGUUCAAGCGCUUCCACUUCAUUAUCUGCUUCGCAAUCGAACGGGUCAUCUUUGGUUAAUUUGCCACAGCAUGUCAAAAACUGAUUGAACAACCUCUACAUCCAGCAAUGCAACAUGUUCGACAACCAGCAGAUCAUGAUGGAAGUCAUGCGCUCGAUGAAUCCUAACAUAUUUUGCCAGUUAACCGUCCCUAACCGUUGGUUCCUCCGCCGCCUGAGCGAAACAAAGAAUACGAGGAUGAAGACGAUAAUGUUGCUAAUUUAGGAGAU